AUGCGGGCUACGAGGGGAGUUCAGAGCACGGGUGCCGCCGCCCGCGGCGAUCCCAGCGGCAACGUCGCGCCGUCUAAUUCUCCCGCCCUCCCCUUGUGGCCCUCGCAGCAGCAGGAGCCGCCGCCUCUCGCACAGUGGCAGUCGGACCCCAGCGCUGGGUGCCCGCUCUCCGCUCUUCCCGGCUGCAGCUGCGCUCGCUGCCGACACACGUGUUUCCAGUUAGCCGGCGCCGCGUCAGCUGGCCGCUGUCUGCGUCACCUGCUCCGCGACACUGGGAUGCUGGCUCGUCGCCCAGCGGCGGAGGAGGAGGUGACGGUCGCCAUGGCCGACGGCAACUGGACGGCGGCGGCGGAGGAGGGCCCGGUGGCGCCGGCGUGGGCGGUGUGGGCGUUCGCGGGCCCGGUGGGCGGCUUGGGCGCGCUGCUGGCCGCCUGGCUGGCGGGCUGCGCGUGGCGGCACGGCCGGUGCUCGCAGGGACGCGCGCAGCUGCUGCUGCUGGCGCAGCUCGCCGUCGCCGACGCCGCGGCGCUGCUCGCCGUCGCGCCCGCGGAGCUGCUCGUGCUCGCCGCCAGGGGCGCCUGGCCGCUCUCUGAGGCGUGGUGCUCGGCGUUCGUGGGCGGCGAGGCGCUGCUCGGCGCGGCGGCGGCCUACCUGGUGACGUGCGUGUGCGCGCACGCGCUGCUCGGCCCGGCCGCGGACAACAGCGUGGGCGCGCUGCCCGCCGCCGCCGCCUGGCUGCUGGCCGCGUCGCUGGCGGCGCCGCUAGCAUGGCAGGCGAAGGCCGUCGCCCCCAGGCCUGGGCUGCUCGCCUGCUCCCUGCAGCCGCCCCAGGAGCUGGCACAGUUAUUAGUGGGCGUGGUGCGCGUGGCGCUGCCGGCACUGCUGCUGCUGGCGUGCAGCCUGGCGGCGGCCGUGCGUCUGGUCUCGCUGCGCCGCGGACGCCAGCGCCAGGGGGCUGGCGCGGAUGGCGAGGGCGAUGCGGAAGGCGAGAGCGCUGCGACUGCGGCGCGCCUGCGGCUGGCGCUCGUACUAGCGGUGGCGCAGCUGGCGCUCGGGCUGGCGCGGCCUGCGCUGGCGGCGGUGCGCGCGCUGCUGGCGACACCCGCGGCUCUGGCACCAGCCGUCGCCUUCAGCGCGCCGCCGCUGGCUGCGGGCCCGCAGCCACUGGCCACGUUGGCACUCGCCAUGCUACACCACACUUUGCCUGCGCUGCGGCCGCUGCUCUGCUGCGCCGCCUCGCAGCAUGUGCGCGAUGCCCUCUCCUGCGGAUGCCGCGCCAAGGCCAGGAGGGUCUGCCGGCCGCUGCAGUCCUGA